CUCAACUUUACCUCCUUUCUCUGAUCUGGGUUUUUAAUGUUUUAUCAGGCUAAUUUGAAUCUACCAUUUUAAACUGUCUCUUUUGUCCCUGAACCACGCAUGCAUGUAGAGUGUGUGUUAUUCAUUUAUUUCUAUUUUCAUUUUCUUAAUCUGCUAAUCAGAAAAACUGUACCUGAUUAACUUCCAUCCUUCUGCCAAUUCAUCACAGCUGAAUUCUAGCCAGCUCUCUUUGCAGUUAAAUGUGCCAAUCAUACUUGUUUUUAAGUUGCAUCAUUUCCCACUUGCUCAUGCUCUCAUCUUCACCAAUGCUUGGUGUUUCAGAACACGGUCACUGUAUUAGACAUGAGUUUGGAACAUGGGUGGUUGAUUAAUUUAGGAUGUCACGCUUGAAAAAAGUCACUCUGCCAAAAUAAUGGGUUGCAUCAACUCUGUGCACGCACUUGCUAAGAAGAAGAAAAGUAUCCCUGAAGUGGUGGUUUUUGUUCCCUCUAUCCGAUUUCCUGUACAAUCUGAUCUUCAGAGGGCGCUCAAAGGUCUAGUUCCAAGGGAUCUUGCUGACAAGUUAUCUUCUCUUCGGAAUCAGAUAGUGUUAGUGGCCGAGGAUACAGGGGGAUCUGCCAUAGCAGAAUUGCGGAGAGCUCUGAAUGAAUACUUGUCUGUGCUUGUUGGGCUCACUAAGAAAGAGUAUGGUCUUGACGGAUUAAUAGAAUUCAAGUGGAAAAAUUUCCAGGAUGGGCGACAAGAUAGCUGUGUAGCAAAUGCCUGGUUUGAAGUGCUUUCUGCAGUUCAUAUUUUGGCUAUGCUUACAUUGUCAGAAGCUGACUCGUUAUUGAUCCCAAAGGAUCGUUCAGGAUCUGGAAUAAGAGUUGUAUCUUCAGAUUGCAAGAGGGAAGCAGUGGAUUUGUUACUAAAGGCAUCAGGAUACCUGCAGUUCUGUGUCAGGGAUCUUCUUCCUCGCAUACCACUUGACGUUAAGAAAAUGCUACCCCAGAGCUUGCAGGAUGCUGUUUUGGAGGCUGUGUCCAUUCAAGCACUAGGCCAGGGAACAGAAAUUCAGCUUGGCCUUGCUGUUGAAUGUCAGAACGCAACUUUGUCGGUGAAGAGAAGGCUGGCAUGUGAGCAACUGAUUUAUUUUAGUCAGGCUUAUCAGUGCUUGUUAGGAUGUGGCUUCAACCAAGUGUAUGGAAAGAAGCAUCUCCGGUUCAUCAAAUGGAAGUUCCUUGAAGCCAAGGCUGCAGCCUACUACUACCAUGGCCUGAUUCUUGACAAGGAUACUGAACCGAGCAAUCACAUUGUUGCUGUGUCUUGUUUUCUUGCUGCAGAAGAACUUGUAGCUGAGAGCAGGAAGGCCUGCUUAAGCUUUUGUGUUGCAGCUCCUGUGACCAGGGCUGCUCCACUCUGGGGUGCUAUGAAGCAUUUACAUCAGAAAAUUCCUGAAGUUGCAUCAAGGAAAUCUCAGAUCUAUGGCUACCUCUUGGAACAAGAGAAGGGUCUCCAAGCAUUGCCUGAGCUACCUGAUUUUCAAUUGUCAUUGCGUCCAGAUGACUAUGAGCUGCCUGAGAUAGAUGCAGCUUGGGAUAGCAAAGGCUGGGAAAGUCUUGGACAACCUUUGAAGGAACAUCUUAGGGAUAGCGAAGAUGACGAGGUUGAAGCCGAAAUUAAUGACUUUGGGAGGAAUAAAUGAGAGAGAAAUUGUGAAGUGACAUGGAAAACUUCAGUUUGAUGGCUGGUCCAGAAUUUUGCUAGUAAAAAAUUGUGGACUGCCUCGUUAGAAAUGAACAUGAUAUAUACAUCAAGUAUAUGAGUCCAUUCUAACGAUUCUUCGAUUCAAUUUGGUCAUAUUUUCAACAAUGAUCGACAAACAUAGUCUCGUUUGCUAAAAUUAUUAAACAAUCUUGAGGAUGUUAUGUUCUAGCUUUAAGAAACACGCAGGACAUUAAACGAUGCAAUAGAGAUUAGAUGAUAUAAGCUGUGUCUUGUUAACUUGUUUGAGUGAUAUUCAAGAGUGGUGUUUAUGUCAACCAUUGAAUUUCGGAUAAAGUGGACGGGAUAAUUGAAUUGUAUUUUUUUUU